AUGGGAGAGCAUGAUAAGGAGGAUUCAGUGGUUGAGUCGGUGAAGGAAAACAUAUCGGAGAAGAUCCACAGCCACGAUUCGUCGUCGGAUUCUGAUUCCGAUCACGGGAAAUCGAAAUCUGAUUCCGACUCCCUCAAAUCUAAGAUUUAUCGCCUUUUUGGUCGUGAAAAGCCUGUGCACAAGGUUUUCGGUGGCGGCAAACCUGCUGACAUUUUCCUAUGGAGGAACAAGAAGAUAUCAGCAGGAGUGCUUGUUGGUGCAACUGCUAUAUGGAUUCUGUUUGAAUUGCUUGAAUACCACCUUCUUACUUUGGUUUGCCACUGCUUGAUCCUUGCUCUUGCAUUACUGUUCUUGUGGUCCAAUGCCUCAACCUUCAUCAACAAGUCCCCACCACGUAUCCCAGAAGUUUGUAUCCCUCAGGAACCAGUUCUACAGAUAGCCGCUGCACUUAGGAUUGAGAUCAAUCGGGGCUUUGCUGUCCUGCGGGAUAUUGCAUCAGGAAGGGAUCUGAAGAAGUUCCUUACUGUUAUUGCUGGCUUGUGGGUCUUGUCUAUCGUAGGGAGCUGGUGCAACUUCUUGACCUUGUUCUACAUUGUUUUUGUGUUGCUUCACACAGUACCUGUCUUAUAUGAGAAGUACGAGGAUCAGGUAGAUGCAUUUGCAGAGAAGGCAAUGAUUGAGAUCAAGAAGCAAUAUGCAGUUUUUGAUGCUAAGGUUAUAAGUAAGAUUCCUAGGGGGCCAUUGAAGGAGGUUCAUGGAUCAUUACCCCCAUGCGUAACCUUGAUGUUUGUGGAGGAACUGGAAGUGCAUUUGCACGGCACAACUGUACUCUUUGAGGAUGACUGCUGCAUUACGAAUUCUCAUUUGGUCAGUUUAACUCGUUCUCUCUGGGCUUCACUUGCCGCUGCAGAAUGCCUUUAUAUAACAAGCUGUGAACUUUACAUAUACCCUUAUGCAUUUGAUAAAUCUUUUGAGCUCGGGAAGCUGAGGCCUGAAUGUCGACGUGUUACUACAAUAACUUGGUUUCCGUGCGUGAAGAGCGUUGGUUGGGGUGGGUGUAGUCUGGUUGGGGUGGGUGUAGUCUUAGAGCCUAAGCAAAAGGUUGUGAGAGAUUAG